AUGGAGCAAACGUUUUACACGAAAAUCAAUGAAUUUGUUGCAACACUAAAUGUGAAAAAACAAAACAAAUAUUUAAUUAAAAAGGAUACAUACAAUGAAGCGGUCAAAAUUCUGCAGGGAACUGAAGGAAAAUAUCAGCGACAGUUUAAAUUCGGGGCUAAGAAGCAGUUUGUUCUGGUCAAAAUUGGUGAACAACAAGUUUUAUACUCUUCGAAACAAAAGUUACCUGUCGUAACAUUUGAAAAUUUAUUUGAAAGAAUCAAUGAAUGUCACACUGCUGUUGGACAUUUGGGGCGCGAUAAAACGUGGCAUGAAAUUAGUCGUCGCUAUUCUUUUGUACCACUGAAAAUGGUGAAAAUUUUCGUUGAAUUAUGUGACCAGUGUGCCAGUAGAAAGCUAUUUCCAAAACCAAUUGUUGGAAAACCAAUAAUAUCAGUUGGAUUUAUGACGCGUAUGCAAAUAGACUUCGUGGAUAUGAGAAGUGUGGAACAUAAUGGCUUUAAAUGGAUAUUUCAUGCAAAAGAUCAUUUUUCAAAAUAUUCAUGGCUAUAUCCAUUAACUUCAAAAAAAGCUGUUAAUGUUGCUGAAGCAUUAAAAUCUAUAUUUUAUCAAUUCGGACCACCAAAAAUCCUACAGUCAGACAAUGGACGAGAGUUCGUCGCGAAGGUAAUUCUUGAUUUAACAAAAUUAUGGCCAGGAUUAUUAAUUGUUAAUGGACGACCACGUCAUCCAGAGUCCUAA